AAAUAAAUUUUGUUCGUCACAGAAGGAUGUGAAAAUUUUCGAUCUGAAUUGACGAAAAACACACGCAACCGUACGAAGAAGACGAGUUAGGCAGAAGAAAUCUGUAUUUCUCAGAGCUGUGAAAACCACCUCCCUUUACAUCUCCGACUUCCGGCGGCUACCGGCGAUUGCUGUGUGGUUAUUUGCACCGAAUUGCCGAAUUUCUGAUCUAAAUAUUAAUUGCAGAAGUAUUGAUAGGCUUAGUAUUCUGUGGCUUUCUCUGAUCAUAAACCCUAGAAGUUUUAUGGUAAUUUUUGUGGAUUUCUGUGAAGCGAAGGCUGUUGAUUGGAAUUAGAAAGUUGGAAGAUGGAGCAGUUGAAGACGAUCGGCAGAGAGCUUGCUAUGGGGUCUCAGGGAGGAUUUGGACAGUCGAAGGAGUUUUUGGAUCUGAUUAAAUCGAUCGGCGAGGCCAGAUCCAAGGCAGAGGAGGAGCGAAUUAUCAUUCACGAAAUGGAAACUUUGAAACGUCGUCUCACCGAUCCCGACAUUCCGAAGCGCAAGAUGAAGGAGUACAUUAUUCGUCUCGUGUAUGUUGAGAUGCUCGGUCAUGAUCCUUCAUUCGGCUACAUCCAUGCCGUCAAAAUGACUCAUGACGACAAUCUCCUGCUGAAGCGCACUGGUUAUUUGGCCGUCACGCUCUUUCUUCACGAGGACCACGACCUCAUCAUUCUCAUUGUUAAUACCAUCCAGAAAGACCUGAAGUCCGAUAAUUACCUCGUCGUCUGUGCGGCUCUCAAUGCCGUGUGUAGGCUUAUUAACGAGGAGACUAUACCAGCAGUGUUGCCGCAGGUUGUCGAGCUUUUGGGACACUCAAAGGAGGCCGUUAGAAAGAAGGCUAUCAUGGCUCUUCAUCGCUGCCACCAGAAAUCGCCCUCUUCCAUAUCGCAUCUCCUCUCCAAUUUCCGAAAGAGGCUGUGUGAUAACGAUCCUGGAGUCAUGGGAGCCACUCUUUGCCCUCUCUUUGAGCUCAUUACUACGGAUGUAAAUUCCUAUAAAGAUUUAGUUGUCAGCUUUGUAAGCAUUCUUAAACAAGUAGCUGACCGCAGAUUGCCGAAGAGUUAUGAAUACCAUCAGAUGCCGGCUCCGUUCAUACAGAUCAAAUUAUUGAAAAUUCUUGCAUUACUGGGUGCUGGCGACAAGCAAGCAAGUGAACACAUGUAUACAGUUGUUGGGGAUAUAUUUAAGAAGUGUGAUCCUUUAAGUAAUAUAGGUAAUGCUGUUCUCUACCAAAGUAUAUGCUGCGUCUCGUCUAUUUACCCGAAUCCUAAGUUGCUGGAAGCUGCUGCUGAUGUAAUCUCUAGAUUUUUAAAGAGUGAUAGCCAUAAUCUAAAAUAUAUGGGCAUUGAUGCACUUGGUCGACUUAUAAAGCUAAGUCCGGAUAUUGCCGAACAACAUCAGUUAGCUGUGAUUGAUUGUAUGGAGGAUCCAGAUGAUACUUUAAAGAGAAAAACAUUUGAACUAUUGUAUACAAUGACCAAGUCCACCAAUGUCGAAGUGAUUGUCAAUCGCAUGAUUGAAUAUAUGAUAAGCAUUACCGACCAUCAUUAUAAGACAUAUAUAGCAUCAAGAUGUGUUAAACUUGCAGAGGAAUUUGCACCUAAUAACCAUUGGUUCAUUCAGACCAUUAAUAAAGUUUUUGAGCACGCUGGAGAUUUGGUGAAUAUUAAAGUUGCACAUGAUUUGAUGCGGUUGAUUGCUGAAGGAUUUGGAGACGAUGGUGAUACAGUAGAUAACCAGUUGAGAUCAUCUGCGGUGGAGUCAUAUUUGCGCAUUAUUGGGAACCCCAAGCUUCCAUCUGCAUUUCUUCAGGUCAUCUGUUGGGUUCUGGGGGAGUAUGGAACUGCUGAUGGAAAGUACUCUGCUUCAUAUAUUGCUGGAAAGCUCUGUGAUGUAGCCGAAGCCUAUUCAAAUGAUGAAAGCGUCAAGGCUUAUGCGGUGACAGCUCUCAUGAAAGUAUAUGCAUUUGAGAAGAUGUCCGGGAGAAGAGUGGAUGUGCUACCUGAGUGUCAAUCUUUGAUUGAAGAAUUAUCAGCAUCCCACUCAACAGAUCUGCAGCAACGUGCGUAUGAAUUGCUGGCCACCUUAUGCUUAGAUGCUCAAGCUGUUGAGAAUAUAAUGCCAGCUGAUGCAAGCUGUGAAGAUAUUGAGAUUGAUAAAGAUCUAUCGUUCCUCAACAAUUAUGUGCAACAGUCACUAGAAAAUGGUGCACAGCCUUACAUUCGUGAGAGUCAGCGAUCUAGGAUGGAUGACAUCAGUGCCAUCAAAAGUCUUGACCAGCGUGAAGUUGUGUCGCACAGCCUUCGGUUUGAGGCCUAUGAUCUCCCAAGGCCUCCAGUGCCAUCAAGCGUCCCUCCUAUUUCGCCUGCAGUCUCAGCUGAAUUGGUUCCUGUACCAGAGCCAUAUCAUCCUAGGGAGACGUACCAGUCUACAUCAGAUCCUUCUGUAUCAGAUGAUGGUUUGACUCGAGUCAAGCUACGACUUGAUGGUGUUCAGAAGAAGUGGGGCAGGCCGACGUACUCCUCUUCUGGUUCCUCUGUGUCUACUUCCACUCCUCAAAAAGCAGUAAAUGGUGUUUCACAAGUAGAUAGUACUAGUUCUGUAAGCUCAAAACCCACGACUUAUAACUCGAGAACUUCAGAACCUGAGAUUUCUCAAGAGAAACAAAAGCUUGCGGCCUCCUUAUUUGGAGGUUCAUCCAAAACCGAAAAAAGGGCACCUUCUGCUGCCCAUAAAGUUACCAAGGCACACCAUGGUGCUGAUAAGCUUCAUGCAGCCAAGAAAGCAGUCACAUCUACGGAAGUUGCUGUGCCUAAGGCAAGCCACCAACCACCUCCUCCCGACCUCCUCGACUUAGGUGAACCGGUUGUCACCAGUAGUACACCAUUUGUUGAUCCAUUUAAGCAGUUGGAAGGGCUUCUUGAUGAAAGCCAGGUUUCUUUGACCGUGAAUUCUAAACCUGUUGAACCUAAUAAAUCUCCAGAUCUUAUGGCAUUAUAUUCUGGGACAGCCAUGAGUGGACAAGGAAGCAAUUUCUUGGAUCUUCUAUCCUCCAACAAGGAUGAUUUGAAUCUUUCUUCUGGAUUGUCAAAAGUGGCCGCAAAGACGGGUCAGGGAGAAACUAUUGUUUCGAAUCUGACACAAUUUAGCAAGGGACCAGAUGCAAAGGCAUCUUUGGAAAAGGAUGCAGUUGUUAGGCAGAUGGGUGUGACCCCUACCAGUCCGAAUCCGAACUUGUUUAAAGACUUGCUUGGCUAAGAAAUUUCCGGGAAUGCCCGAGCGAGACUUGUUUAUGAUUUGUGCGCAUUAUCAUCUUCUAGCAGAUUGGCUUUGUGAUGGGAAAUUACAGUUAUGAAAGACAAUUGAAAAACUGCACACGCACCCGGAACGAACUGCAUAAAAACCUCGAAGGCUGUUAAAAAUCAAGUGCAGGUAUGUAUUUAUUUUCCGAUCAGUUUACUUUUUGUAAUAUUAGAGACAAUGUCGAGUUUUUGUACAAGUAGACUUGGGAUUUCAGACGAAACUCGUUUACGACGAGUGAGAAAAGUGGCAAAAUUUUCCAGCACGCUUCGGGUUUUGGAAAACUGAGGAGGCAACCAGAAAAUAUUGUGAUGUUUGUUUUGUCUCUUAUUUUCUUUGACCCCCAGGAAGAAUUGAGAGGCCAUUUUGUUACAUAUUUGAUUACAAUGCUGAAUAAGGGAAGGUUCUUUCUUCGUCUUUUA